AUGUCAUACACAAAAGCCAGUUUCGAAAACCCACAGGGCCGAUUGCAAAUCCCAACGCAGGUUGGGUUCUCUCGGCCACAGUUCUCCUUGGGAAGGUUUCCUAAUGGAUCCGAGAGAAUCAACAUUGAAAUUCCUGAUGCAAUGUUCGAUUCGAAUUCUGAUUGUCGAGCACAAGUUCGCAAACUUCGCCGUGCAUGCGAUGGCCUCUACUACAUUUUUUUCUCAGAGCAUACCAAUAUGGCCUUGAAGGUCAUUGGGACGAAGCGUUCAAAGGGCCAAAGCAGAAGGGAAAGAAAGAGUUUCGCCUGCCAAGCUGUAUCAACGAAAGGCGCCAGCGCAGUACGUGAUUGCCAGUUCGUCGACCGGCCGCGGACUCUAUUACCUGGCUAUACGUAG